AUGGAGAGAGAACAACAAAUUGCAGUUAAUUUGUUUAUCAACAAUAAUCGUCUUAUUCACCAACUCCAUCAAGAAAAUAAUCAUGUAAGUCACCGCGGUUCUAUUGUCGGUCAUGCAGUUAUUCUUCGUGAUAGAUAAAAUGCUGAUCGCAAUUUGUACAAUGGUUAUUUUUUUUGA